UUGAUUAAAAGAAACACUAUUGUAACCAACUACCCUAGUAACACGCGUUACUAGAUGCCCGCGCGUGAUGAUGGCGUGCGCGUGACCUCACUGUUCCCCACAGCUGUGCGCGCGCGCCCGUGUGUGUGUGUGUGUGUGUGUGAGCAGCAGAGCAGACGCGCUCCUCGCGCUCUGGUCUCGAGCGCUUCUCCGUACACUAGUAUGAACACAUGCGGGCCAAGUUGACUCGCGUCGCCUGCGCGUCGACGCCAGCGUUGCGUACCAGAGGAGAAGAUGGACGAGUCGUCUCUGCUGGAUCUGCUGGAGUGUUCUGUGUGUCUGGAGCGGCUGGACACCAGCGCUAAAGUGUUGCCCUGUCAGCACACCUUCUGCCGCCGCUGCCUGGAGAACAUCGUGAGCUCCAGACACGAGCUGCGCUGCCCGGAGUGCCGCAUCCUGGUGGACUGCGCGGUGGACGAGCUGCCUGCCAACAUCCUGCUGGUGCGGCUCCUGGACGGGAUUAAACAGCGCCCGAGGAGCGGAGGAGGGAGAGCGGUGCUGGCGGGCUGCGCGGCCGGGGAGGCGGCUUCAUCUCCGGGGACAGCGCUGCGGGAUCUGCCCGUCGCCACGCGGAGCUCCCCGGUCAAGAGCGUUCCUCAGCUGCCGUGUGGUAAAGCGCUCUACAGCUACGAGGGCAAAGAAGCGGGCGACCUGAAGUUCAGUAAAGGUGACAUCAUCAUCCUGCGACGGAAGGUGGACGAGAACUGGUUCCACGGCGAGCUGAACGGCAGCCACGGCUUCCUCCCGGCGAGCUACAUCCAGUGCAUCCACCCGCUGUCCCAGACUCCACCGCAGGGGAAGGCUCUCUACGACUUCCAGGUCACAGACAAAGACCAGGACAAAGACUGCCUGACCUUCAGUAAGGAUGAGAUUCUCACCGUCAUUCGAAGAGUGGAUGAUAACUGGGCAGAAGGCAUGCUGGGAGAUAAGAUCGGGAUUUUUCCUAUCUUAUACGUGGAGCUGAAUGAGACGGCGAAGCAGCUGAUGGAGAUGGACAAACCGUCGGCGAGUAACGGGAACGGAGCACACAGACACGCAGAGGGGAAGAAGAACGCUAAGAAGCGUCACUCGUUCACGGCGCUCAGCAUGACGCAGCGCUCCGCUCAGGUGAUGGAGAACAACCGGCACUCGAUGGAGAUCAGCGCACCUGUGCUCAUCAGCUCCUCAGACCCCCGCACCACCGCUCGCAUCACUGACUGCACACACCUGUCCUCCAGCGCACCUGCCUCACAGGACUCUCCAGUCACAGCAAACACAGCAGCUUCAGUUCCUCCACGCAUCACGUCUACAACCGGAGAAGUGCUCGCCGCCGCUAGAGUGCAGCUGCCUCUCAACAUAUAUCUGGCACUGUACGCUUACAGACCGCAGAAGGCUGAUGAGCUGGAGCUGAGGAAGGGUGAGAUGUACCGUGUGAUGGAGAAGUGUCAGGACGGAUGGUUCAAAGGAACAUCGCUGCGCUCCGGAGCGUCUGGAGUCUUCCCGGGAAACUACGUCACACCCAUCUCCAGGGCUCCGUUCGCCGUGGGUCAGACGCGCUCGUGUCUCUCUGGAGCGGCUCAGGGUCAGGCUCCCGGUUCCCCGGGCUCCGGUCCCUCCAGUCCGGUCCUGCUGGCGUCUGCGUCUGUGUCUGCGUCCCGCUCCAGCACACCCCUCAGCAGCCCGUCGUCUCCACAGCUGCAUCUGAAGAACUGUCUGCGCUUGUGCAGCCAGCAGACGCUCAGUCAGGCACGCUCCGGCAUGCAGCUCGUGCACAGUCCCCCGGCGAGCAUCAGUCCGUCUGGUUCUCCAGCACGGGCCCCGUCCCACAGCGCCUCCUCUCGGCCCCUGAGACCCCUGAGCUCCACAGCUCUUCUGACCGGAGCGGAGCCGUCCUCACCUGCACACACACACACACACACUGACACAGGUGUGCACAGAGCCGAGGACAAGAAGAUGGAGAAGAAAGAGAAGAGGAGCAGCGGUCUCCUGAAGCUUCUCUCUGGAGCGGCAGCUAAGAAGAAGUCUCGCUCUCCGACACACGAGCCGUGCGCUCACAGCCGAGCCGGAUCCUGUCCCAACGAGAGCGAGAUGCAGGGGGCGAUGGGGAUGGAGCCGCUGCACAGGAAGUCUGGAUCUCUGGACCUUAACUUCUCUGUGUCUCCUCCGGUGCGUCAGGCCUGUUCCUCUUCACCGCUGGCCGUCCGACCCGAGCCCAAGCCUCUGUCCCGAGAGAGGUACCGUGUGGUUGUGCCGUAUCCUCCACAGAGCGAAGCCGAGAUCGAGCUGAAGGAGGGAGACAUCGUGUUUGUGCUCAAGAAGCGAGAGGACGGCUGGUUUAAGGGCACUCUCCAGCGCACCGGACGGACCGGUCUGUUCCCCAGCAGCUUCGUGGAGAGCUUCUAGAAGAUCAGAGCCAGACACCAGCUCCAGACGAGCUGUACUGCCAUCGUCCUCCGCACAGAUCCGUCAGGAGGACUUCACCAGACUCAGACAGUGUCUUCAUCUCCAUCAGAGACGACUCAACCAGGGUGUUCUUCAUAACUCAUGAGGAGAUGUGAACGCAGGAGUGAUGAUGAAUCUCACAGAACCUGACAGUGGCGUAUUUCACACCAAAAUCAAGAGAGAGAAAAGAUAAAUUAAAACAAAUGACAAACUCAAUUCUAUUUUGCAUAAAGUAAUUAUAAAGCCUAUUUUAGGUGGGGUUUUUGCAUCAUUUUUCCCCACUAAAAUCAUGAUAUGUAAAUGGUGAAUUAUUAAUACGGCAUGUUAGUAUUAGAGUCGUAGUGCCUUUAUGCUCAAGUAAGAAGAGUAAAUCUGAUUUCUGAAGAUCAUGUGACACUGAAGACUGGAGGAAUGAUGCUGAAAAUACAGCAGAGCAUCACAGAAAUACAUUACACUUUAACACAGAUUCACACAAGAGAAGUUUAUCAUAGCUACUUUAUCAGAUUGUAAUAAUUCACAAUAUUACCAUUUUAACAGUAUUCUUGAAGAAGGCUUCGUGAGCAGAAGAGACUGUUUAAGAUAUGAUCUGUUCUUUCUUUUAGUUUUGGAGUGAAGUAUGAGCCGGACAUGUUUUGAUGAGAUUCACUCACACUGCCUGUGCUUUAUAAUGAAAGUUUGUUGAGUGAAAGCACAAACUCCUUUCUUUGAUUGUUUUCUAUGCCCUAGAGCAUCAUGGGAUGUGCACGCUGUUUCCUGACACUGUUUGUCUCCUGAUCCAUCAGCUGUUCUCACUGUGGUUCAUGAGUUUAUCAUGUGCUCAGCCAGAAACACACCAGCACCAGCACACAAACAUAAUUCAUGAGAUCUCGUUUAAUUGAAAUGAAGUUAAAAUAAAGUGAAAUGUUAAUGUUAGAAAUGUUGCAUUGGCAGUUAACUGAAAUACAAAAAUUGAAGCACUAAAAUGACUAACUGAAAAUAAAAACUAAAACUGAAAAAAAUAAAAUCAUUAAACCUAAAUAGUAUUAUAAUAUAUAAUAUAAUAAAUGCAAAUAAAUAAAAUAAAAACUGAAAUGCAAAAAAAAUACAUAAACAUAAAUCGAUUAGUGAAUAAUAGUAACAUUAUAAGUUGAUCCCUGGUGUAACUGAAAGUCUUCUGACACUUUUCAGAGUGAAUCUGAGCGUUUGUUUCUGUGCUGGUGUAGAGUUUGUUUCAGCGUUAAGAGAGUUUGAGCAUCACGUGUCAGAAGAAGCACAUCUUUAUUUCUACAGAUGAAUGAAUGAACAGCACGAGACGCUCAGGACAGAUCCAGACCCCAGCGGCGUCUGAAGCACACACACACACACACACACACACACACACACACACACACGUCUACACACUGAGCACUUCAUCAAGCACACGUUUCAUUUCUGCACAUUAACUGACACGAGCUGCUCUUUGUGUCCUUGUGCAGCCAACAAACCCUUAUUCUCACAAUUGCUAGUGUUUUCUUGCAAUUGUGAGUUUACAUUUCACAAUUCUGCCUUUUUUUUUCUUGCAAGUCUGACUUUAUAUCUUGCAGUUGUGAGUUUAUAUCUUGCAAUUGCAAAAAAAAAAAA